GAAAAAAGUGAGCCGGCCAAGGGGUAGCGGGAGAAGGUUUUUUUGAAUUUUUCCUUCGUCUUGGAGCGAAAGAAGCGACUCCGGUCUCUCGUCCUCCAAGCUCCCGCUGGAUUGUUUCCUGGCGCUUCCCUCCGUCGGUGGAUUGCUUUCCUAUUUGCGUUUUUUUCUGACCCCGACCCUCGCUGCUUUCUUCCAACCCUCCACCCUCUCGUCGCCUCUCCCACCUCCCCAGGCCCCUCCGGAGGAGCGCAGGGGACCGGACCCGCGGGGACCCGCGCCUCCUGGACCGGCGGAGGGACGGCAGAGCGCAGGACCGCUGUCGGCUGGGAAGCAGAUAUCCACAGAUACACCCGUGUGUUUGAUUUUAGUGGGCAGGGGGGCGUCGAGAGGCGCCCACCGUCCUCCUUCCCACACCCCCCUCCAGCCAGAGGCGAGAAUCGCAGGAGUCGGGAUCUUCAUCGGGUGGACUGGCUCGAAUCUCCGCAUUGGAUUUAGGGUUGAUUAUCACUGUUUGGCUAUUAUUACUGUUAUUUUUUACCGAAAGAAGAAAGAAAAAAACAAAACUGUGGGAUUGAUUUAACAUGAUCUUGGCAAACGCCUUCUGCUUCUUCUUCUUUCUAGACGAGACCCUCCGCUCUUUGGCCAGCCCUUCCUCCCUGCAGGGCCCCGAGCUGCACAGCUGGCGCCCCCCCGUGGACUGUGUCCGGGCCAAUGAGCUGUGUGCGGCCGAAUCCAACUGCAGCUCCCGCUACCGCACGCUGCGGCAGUGCCUGGCGGGCCGGGACCGCAACACCAUGCUGGCCAACAAGGAGUGCCAGGCGGCCCUGGAGGUCCUGCAGGAGAGCCCCCUGUACGACUGUCGCUGCAAGCGGGGCAUGAAGAAGGAGCUGCAGUGCCUGCAGAUCUACUGGAGCAUCCACCUGGGGCUGACCGAGGGUGAGGAGUUUUACGAGGCCUCGCCCUACGAGCCGGUCACCUCCCGCCUCUCGGACAUCUUCAGGCUUGCUUCCAUCUUCUCAGGGACCGGUGCGGACCCGGCGGUCAGUGCCAAGAGCAACCACUGCCUGGAUGCUGCCAAGGCCUGCAACCUGAACGAGAACUGCAAGAAGCUGCGCUCCUCUUACAUCUCCAUCUGCAACCGCGAGAUCUCGCCCACUGAGCGCUGCAACCGCCGCAAGUGCCACAAGGCCCUGCGCCAGUUCUUCGACCGGGUGCCCAGCGAGUACACCUACCGCAUGCUCUUCUGCUCCUGCCAGGACCAGGCGUGCGCUGAGCGCCGCCGGCAGACCAUCCUGCCCAGCUGCUCCUACGAGGACAAGGAGAAGCCCAACUGCUUGGACCUGCGCAGCCUGUGCCGGACCGACCACCUGUGCCGGUCCCGGCUGGCGGACUUCCAUACCAACUGUCGUGCCUCCUACCAGACACUCACCAGCUGCCCUGCCGACAACUACCAGGCGUGUCUGGGCGCCUAUGCUGGCAUGAUCGGGUUUGACAUGACGCCCAACUAUGUGGACUCCAGCCCCACGGGCAUCGUGGUGUCCCCCUGGUGCAGCUGUCGUGGGAGUGGGAACAUGGAGGAGGAGUGUGAGAAGUUCCUCAGGGACUUCACCGAGAACACCUGCCUCCGGAACGCCAUCCAGGCCUUUGGCAAUGGCACAGAUGUGAACCUGUCCCCUAAAAAUCCCUCGUUCCCGGCCACGCAGGCCCCGAGGGUGGAGAAGACGCCUUCUUUGCCCGAUGAUCUCAGUGAUAGCACCAGCUUGGGGACCAGCAUCAUCACCACCUGCACAUCGGUCCAGGAGCAGGGGCUGAAGACCAAUGGCUCCCAAGAGCUAAGCAUGUGCUUCACAGAGCUCACCACCAACAUCAUCCCAGGGAGGAACAAGGUGAUCAAACCCAACUCAGGCCCCUGCAGAGCCAGGCCAUCGGCCGCCUUGACCGCGGCCUCCUUCCUGAUGUGGAAGCUGGCCUUGUAGGCUCUGGGCACCGUGUCUGGAGGUUUCCGAAAGCUUUGUGGAUGACAGCACCCGCCUGAGGAAAUGGAAACACAAGACACACAGACACACACACACACAGACACAUGCACACACACACCUUGCAAAAAAUUUUUUUCCCACCUUGUCUCUGAACCUGUCUACUCCCAGGUUUCCUCUCUGGAGAAGUUUUUCUAAACCAAACGGACAGCAGGCGGGCAGCCUGAGAGCCGCCCGGAGGCCCCGUGGCAGGGGCACCCCAGUGCCGAGGAGGGCACGAGGGUCUAGACAUGCCCUGCGCUUUCUCCUGGCACUUUUCUCUAUGGACCCUGUUGCUGGAAGAAACCAAGAUGGGACCCCUGCGGCCCAAGGGACUUGCGGCCUUGCCUGAUGUGGUCUGGGGCAAGGCAGUGGCCACUGCUUUUCUUAAGCUGCCCCCUUUGGGGACUGGCCAGGGGCUGGCGGGGCAUCAGGCGGUGGAGCAUUGAGGCUGGUCCCUGGGGUCCAGCUGGGCACCUGUGGCACCUCUACUUGGCUUCAAGGGUGGAGUUUCUUUUGCCUCCCCUCUGUGGGCCGGGCGGGUCUGCUUCUGACUUGUGGAGGCCUGUGACGCAGAGGUCCCUUCCCCCAACCUUAGCAUGGGGGGCUGGGCAGCUCGGCCCACCUGGGAGACCCCCUGGGGCCGAGGGAGCAAAACUUGGACACCAUCUCAAGGUUGCUGCUUCCUCCUUGGCGGCAGGAAGUUUGAAAUUAAAGACGAUUCUUUUGGGUGGGUCUCUCGUUGGAGAGAGGGGCUGCUGAGGGGGGCAGAGAAGGCCACGGUGGGACGUCCCCUGCCCCGCACUCUGGUCUCUGCAGCUCGCUCUCCCCCUUCCACCUUGUCUUUCCUUAUUUCUGAAAUGUACACCGACUGUAUGUACACAACAUGUUUUCCUUCUCAACAUAUAUGUAUAUACACAUCAUAUACAUAUAUUGCGUGGUUUCCCUUUCCUUUUUUUAAGAAACCUAUCAAAAUAAUA